AAACAGAUUUGCGGUUUGCACAAUAAAUUUGGUUUACAAAACUGCUUCAUUUCUUGUAUUAUCUCUAUGGUAGUUGUUUAAACAUAAUAUGUUUUUGUAAAUUUGCUGUAUUUUCCAUACAUUUUUGUACAUAUAUUUUUGGCACAAAAAUUUUCAAGUGUAUAUUUUUUUUAGCAAUGGUGAGCUAACGGAUUGGCAUGGAUUUCUUAUCGUGAUUACUGAUUUAUAAUUACCACAGAAAAAUUGCCAGUGUUAUGUGACGACACAUCAACAACAGAGACGCAGGACACGCGGAGAGAUAGAGAUAUACUGGACGUGACUAGAUAGUAAAGAAAAUGGCGGACACAGAAGACGUACCACAAGCCACAGAGCAGGACACUCCUUCUACAGAAAAAGAAGCUAAAACACAAGUAGAGGAGCAAGAAAGUACUCCGAUUACGGAUGGGGAUAGUACGAAAACAGCCGAGCAGGAUACUGCACAAGCUGAAGAACAAGCUCCUGCAAUAACUGGAGUAAAAGAUGCGCCUGAUGGUGCAGUAACUGAGGCACCAGAUGCUGCAGUAACAGAUGCACCUGAUGGUGGAGUAACUGAGACACCAGAUGCUGCAGUAAAAGAUGCGCCUGAUAGUGCAGUAACUGAGAAACCAGAUGCUGUAGUAACUGAGCCGCAGGAUGGUGCAGUAACUGAGACGUCAGAUGGUGCAGUGACAGAUGCGCCGGAUGGUGCAGUAAUUGAGCCGCAGGAGGGUGCAGUAACUGAGCCACAGGAUGGCACAGCAACUGAGCCGCAGGAUGGUGCAGUGACUGAGCCGCAGGAUGGUGCAGUAACUGAGCCGCAGGAUGGUGCAGUAACUGAGCCGCAGGAUGGUGCAGUAACUGAGCUGCAGGAUGGUGCGGUAACUGAGCCGCAGGAUGGUGCGGUAACUGAGCCGCAGGAUGGUGCGGCAACUGAGCCGCAGGAUGGUGCGGCAACUGAGCCGCAGGAUGGUGAAGUAACUGAGCCGCAGGAUGGUGCAGUAACUGAGCUGCAAGAUGGUGCAGUAACUGAGCCGCAGGAUGGUGAAGUAACUGAGCCUCAGGAUGGUGCAGUAACUGAGCCGCAGGAUGAUACAGCAACUGAAGCGCAAGAUGCUACAGAAGAUACGGCAGGAACCGAAAAGAAGGAUACUGCAGGAACAGAAGUGAAGGAGUCUGAACAAGCAGAGCAGGCGGACGAAGAGGAACCAGAGGAGCCACCACCACCUCUCACAGAGAAGCAGAUUGCUGAGAUCAAGGAAAUGUUCGAAUUUUUCGACAAGGAUGGAGACGGCAGCAUCCUAACGAAGGAGUUGCUUUACGUCAUGAGGUCUCUGGGAAUGAACCCUACACAAGCUGACAUCGAUGGUAUUGUUGAAGAAUACGACCUUCAUGGGGACGCCAUCACGUACGACGAGCUGCUGGCCGUCAUGCAGAAGCACUACCGCCGCGUGGACACGGCCGAGGAGCUGCGCGAGGCCUUCCGCGUGUUCGACGUGGACGGCGACGGGCUGAUCAGCACGGAGGAGCUCAAGUACGUGAUGACCACGCUGGGGGAGAGGAUGAACAAGACGGAGGUGGAGGAGAUGCUGAAGGACGCGGACCCCGACGGGGACGGCAUCGUCAACUACGAGGAGUUCAUCCAACUUAUGACAUCAAUUUGAGAGUCGAAAUUCCGUGAUGAAAAACAAAGAAUUGCUCUUCGUUUCGCAAGAAAUCCCUGGACUGAACACUAAAUAAAAUAAAUAUUAUUUUUCCUUUGUUACUUACCCUACGGUAUUCAUUUUAAUUUAGCAAUAAAUACCUGGAUUGAACAUUAAAUUAAAAUUAUUAAAAUUAAUUUUAUUAUUUAUAUCUAUACUUUCAUGUUUUGCAGCUCUAUUCACGUUUGUACUCAAUGUACUCAUAUACAUAUUAUACUCAUGCAGUAUCACUCAUAUUUAACAGAAUCGAUAUAAUUUGAGGAUGAGCCAUGAAAAUUAUCAUGAAGCUAUGUAAUACACAACUUUAAACAGCUGGAGAUAAACCUUACACAUAUCAUAAAUGACAAUUGUGUAAUUUUAUUUGGAGUUCCUAGAUUGCCAAAUAUUAAAAAAAAAAA